CUCAGUCCUUUGCAGUUUUUCUCAUGUCUUCAGAGUAAAUUUGAUAGGCAUAGGAAAUGUCAUUAGAUACUGAACUGAGAGUCAAUGAAAAGGAACUCUGCUUCUAAGAAUGGUACAUCACCACUCCUCCACCCCUCCAUUUUAUACCAUGUGAACUAAUGUAAGUGGAAAAGAUGUUUAUUUCUUUUCUUUUUUUUUACUAACCUUCUCAUGCUGCAUUGCAGAAAUAACAGCACACAGGCACAUAUUUUUUCUCAACAGAAAAAAAUAUAUGAAUUGGACGUAUUGGCAGUGUAAUUAUUGAUGUCUUCAUCCAUUCACUACUUCCCAGUACAUUAAGAACUGCCCCCAUCGCUAAAAGUCACAUUUUGCAUGGCUACUAGUUUAGUGUAUUUAUGGUGCAUGAGUCACUGAGCUUUCUCCUGAUUGGUUGAAAAUUAAACACCCCUGGGACUGUCAGUCAGUUACAGCCAUUCUCAGCUUCAUUCACAGAUUUAUUUAGCUUGCACAGAAUGAAAUUCAUUCAGAAAACUUCAUUCAUAAAUACUGCAACAUUCUCUUUCUCUAAUCUUCCAUACAAAUAAGCUACCAUGACCUGGCUACUGAAGAAAAUCUACGGAUGACUCAAAAGGCUGCCAGAGAGGCUUCACUGUAAUGUUUCCACUGACUGGUAAAUAUGAAGAUUUGAAGUCCAUUUGUGCCGGAUCAUAAAUCUGCGUGGAGUAUUUUUGCUUACUGAGGUGCUAAAGGAUCUUCCAAGAAUUAACAAGGUUUUCACUGAGAGAAAUUGAGUUUCAUCUACAGAAUUAUUUAACGUGGGAUUUUCUCACCUACAUUUGUGUGAAUAAAGAAUUUUUAAAAUUGCAAAUAUUUUUCCCGAGAGAGAAAUUCAACAUUAAUAUGCUAAGGACAAGGCUAGUGAAAAAUCUCCUUUUAUUGUUGCUGACUUAGGAAAGGUAGAGAUUUUAAUUCUCAUGUACUGUUUUGAUAUGAAAUUGUGCUUUCCUUUUCCUUUUUGAAAUAUCUAUAUCUAUUUAGAUAGAUAUGCCCACUGCAGCCAGGGUUUUACCAUUGUUGAAACAGGGUUAUAGUAGUGCGUGUUCAAAGCUAAGAACAAUUUAGAGCUUGCUUGCUUGCUUGCUUGCAAACCUGGUGAUGGAGAACAGCUCUUCAGAUUAAACUGCUGUAGCUUUCUUUGGUUUACCUGCAUGUGUGUGUAUAUAUAUAUAUAUAUACGUACAGUUCAUUCAGAUUCAAUUCCAAAUAGCCAGAUGUCCAGACGGAACGAAGCUGGGUUUAUUAAGAGGAAGAAGCCAUUUGGGAACCACUUGAGAACACCAAUGACAACAAAACCUGCUCUUGUCUUUUUUCUUUUCAAAAUAGUUCUGCUUUGCCUAAUUCCAUAUUACUUUCUCUUAUUCAUAAGAAAGCCAUCAGUUUAGGGGAAGGGGUGGAGGGAGAGAGAAUCCAGUUACAGAACUUUGAAGGCUAUGAGAGAACGCAUUCCACAUAGCCUCAGUGGACACAUACUCUAUGUAGGACUGUUGAGAGACCCAGGAAUGCUUCACAGGGCUAAGUAUAGUCGUUUUAGAAACGAAUCCGUCACAUCGUUGGAGGAAGAUGUGCAGAGUGGUCCUGUGCAUCUUAAAGGCUCUUCAUCUUCUUGUUCCUCGACACCAAACAUGCCCAUCGAAGAUGUCGCCAUAGGGAUGCCAGACAGCUCCAUCACUUUGUGCACCUUGAUACCUCGCAUGGCUAACGUUAAGCUGGCCAACCCUUCCACCUUACCAAGCUUAAGGAACUUCUGCCUACGGACUAAAGAGGUGCCAAGAAUUAAACUCACAGAAUGCGCAACUGUCCCGAGCAGCUCAACCUUGCCAGAAAUCAACUGCUGCCUGGCUGCUUCUUGUCCCCGGGGAGACCCAGGCAAGCCAACCAAGGCAAAUGCAAACAUCCAAGAGGAGAGUGCCUUGUCGGGCUCUGAAGAAUUGGCUUUCCUAUCUAAACAGGACAAAGACCUCCGGCAGAGGGAUGAAUCCAGUUUGGAGACUGGGAUAACGUACGCCGUCCAAUAUAUGGGCUGUAUUGAAGUGUUGCAGUCAAUGAGAUCUCUGGAUUUCGGCACUCGGACACAAGUUACCAGGGAAGCAAUAAGUCGGCUGUGUGAAGCUGUGCCAGGAACACACCGAGCCGUAAAAAAGCGGAAGCCUCCAGCUAAAUUUCUAUCUCCUGUACUUGGUAAAAGGAAUCUUCAGUUUUCUGGCAUGAAUACAAAACUGACCAUCUCAACAACCAGCCUUACUCUCCUGAACGUUGAGACUCAGCAGAUUAUUGCCAGUCACCACAUGCAGUCCAUUUCAUUUGCCUCUGGAGGUGAUCCUGAUACAACAGAUUAUGUUGCCUAUGUUGCUAAAGAUCCUGUUAAUCAAAGAGCCUGCCACAUAUUGGAAUGUCCCAGCAGAGUAGCCCAGGAAGUCAUAAAUACCAUAGGGCAAGCUUUUGAACUCCGUUUCAAACAAUACUUGAAGAAUCCUUCUGCUUUGAUUGCUUCCAAUGAAAGAGAAGUGGUUAAUCUUAGUGAAUCUACAUGGAAUAUUCAGGAUAAGGAUCAUGAAUACUAUAAUGAAAUCCCAGGGAAAGAACCUCCUACAGGUGGACUAUUAGAUGCCAGAUUGAAGGUGCCCACAGAACAAAGAACAAACUGUCCAGUGCACUAUGAACAGCAAUACAGUCCGACUGGGAGCCUCAAAUCCAUGAAUAUUUAUGAAAAUUGCCCAGAGGAAUCCGAGGCAGUAGAUAACUGCAGUGAACAAGUGCAGGGAGCAAAGAAAGAUGCUGCCUUGCUGAAAAAUGCAAGCAAAUUGGAUCUUUUUGAUGACCCUCGAUACAUCAAUACUCAAAAUUUACAGACUACAUCCUGUACUACCAGAAGCUGUGGCAGCCCAGUUCAUCAUUCAAAAUUGUUAGAAAAUAUUGAGCAGAAUCUUCCUAGCAAUAUAGCUAGUCUUGGAAGCAUUGCAGGCAUAAAGCAACAGUUGUGGAAUGAAGAAUGCUACCACGGAAAGUUAACAAGGAAAGCAGCAGAUUGCCUUUUAGUGAAUGAUGGGGAUUUUUUGGUGCGCGAAAGUGCAACGUCACCUGGCCAGUAUGUUUUGAGUGGGCUGCAAGGAGGACAGGCAAAACAUUUGCUACUGGUGGAUCCUGAAGGCAAGGUUAGAACCAAAGAUCACGUAUUCGACAGUGUGGAUCAUCUUAUUCGCUACCACAUGGAAAAUAAGUUGCCAAUCAUCUCUUCUGGAAGUGAAUUAAAUCUGAAGCAGCCUGUGAGGAAAGGGACUGGGCACCUGCAAUAUAACAAAUAAUUCUGUUGGCUUACAUCAUCCUCAAGGCAAUUCUUUUUCCCUAAUAAAAAUCCCAGUGACUAUUUUGAAACAUGGUUCCUACAAAUCCAGCUCUACAAAGAAUAGAGGAUGCCUCUAGAUGCUGUUACAGAAUGAAGACUUCUGUUUUGCGUGUGUGGUAUCUACUCGCCAGUGUGUUUAUUUACUUAACAUUUGUACAAUGCCAUCUGAACAGUUUUACUUUAGCAAAAUGAAAUCCUGGAGAGCAAGAGAAUGGGGAGAUCUCAAGCACCAGAAUCGCUUAUUAAAGAUUUUUUAGAAUCAGUAAGAAAUAUAUAAGCACAAGCAAACCUUCACAAGCAAAAGCGAAACUGACUUGAAGAAACUGCUGGAAUGUUAGUAAUAUGUGCCUUUUAAUCAAGGAGGUAUGGGGAAAUAAAGAUACUUUAUACUGGACUUUUUUUCUCAUUUAGUUGAUUAAUUUGUGUAGGUCUAAAAGCCAUGAUGCUGAAAAAGAACCCCCAGAUCAAUUAGAAUAGAAUGACAAAAAAAUUCAAUAUCAAAAUUCUAAUCUUUGACGGCUACUUCAGAACUGACUAUUUGAUUAAUUUUGGAGAAGUGUAAGUAUGCUUCAGAGAAAGACCAUAGUUUAAAAAGUAUUCCAUGGAAUAUUCAAGAAAUCUAUCAGAUCCAUUUGUUAUUAGUAAUAAAUAAUAUCUCUCUUUCCAGGCCUAGCUGUAGGUUGCUAAUUUUUUAAUGAUUGUGCAAUUUUUGCUAAAUCUAGAUAUGUAAAUUAAGUAUAGGUUUGAAACAGAAGCUGAUGAAGAGUUAAAUUUAGGCCUGCUAACGUCUUAAAUAGCCCUCCUCCUAUGCCUUUAACAGCACGAUGACGUGAUACAUAUUCGUUUUACUGGCAUGUUAAAGUGAUAGGUAAACCUUCAUUUGCUCAACUUCUGCAUGUCACACUGCUAUUAAAGGAAGAGGAGCUGGGUCAGCAAAAAGCAUAAAAUUGAUGGUAAGCCUACUUAGAUGGUAAUAUUUUUGAGAGUCUCAAAUACUGUAUGAUUUUACUAAUAAUGCCAACAAGCAUCAGAAAUAACAUUAAAUUCCAUUUUGUUUAUUAAAUUAUUCUCAUCAAUCACAAUAUAGAGAACCUAAAGGAAAACAAUUAUACAUUAAUUUGCCGGGAAAACUCUUUAAACCAGUAACUUUCAUUUUCUCUUUUUAAACUUUGCAUGUUGUAUACUUCUCUCCUCCCCUUUUUCAGCUCUAUUUGAUUUCUUUUGUUCCUAAAAAGUUAAGAAAAUAUUCAUGCUGCAUUGUCCCUGUACCUAUUAUCAAUCUUAAAUAUUCUAUAAAUUAAUGAAUCCUGGAGCAAUUCUGUGCUUUAUCUGUUUGGAGUUUUGAAAAAAAGACUGUACUCUUCAGUACACUUACUCUAGGAAGUAAGAGUACUUGAUGGGCACACUUCAGACGAUCAAAUCCUGACUUGAUGUGCCACAAUAUGCAUGAGUAGGGAUGGACGAGAUCUACUCAGUUGUUUUUCCUUUUUCCAGUCUUAAAUUCAGUUUUUCACAUUUCUGCAACCAUUUGCGAUUUUUUAAAAAAAAUAUGAAAAUUUGUCAGCAUUUUAGUGUGAAAUUCUAAGUAUUUUUGAAAGCAGUUCUUAAUAAUAUACACAUUUUUGCAAACACUUUUCCUAAUAUAAUGCAUUUGUGUAUGUUAUUUUCAUGUAUGUGCUUUUAUUAACAUUUGCUCUACUAUAAUACAUUUGUGAACAUAUUGUUUGGUUGGAGAACUGUAUUGCAAAAUUCUGAGAAGAGUGAGUUUUGAAGGAUAGCUGUGUUUCAGUUCAUGUAUUGGUUCUAUAUGUGCAAAUUAGGUUGUUUCUCAUUAAAAUGUGAACAGAAUCAAAUUUCUCCACCACCCCUAUCCAUGAGUUUUGUGCACCCUUUGCUCCUGCAAGCAACUGCAUGCAGGUGCAUGAAGUUCAUUUAUACACUGCCCUGGGCUCCUGCUGGGAGGAAGAGCGGGAUCUAAAUCAAAUAAUAAAUGAAUAAAUAAUAAAUAUGCUAGUUUAUUAAGCCAGGAGUUGAUCAUUAUGAGCCUGGUCACUGGAACUUGUUUCCAAGUACACAUAUGUAAGACCGCACUGCACAUGGAAGGGAGAGUUUUCUCAGGGUAUGUUCUUUUUUAUAUAUUAGCACAAUGCCAUCAAAAUCACAUUUCCUAGAGCUGAACAAGUUGGCAGAGCGAUAGACUGUGAUUCUCUCCUUGGAUUCCCUACACUGGAUAUAUGAAAAUCGUAGAUAAGGAAUGAGGCUAGCUUUUAAAAUAAUGACAUUUAAAAAUAAAUUUUGUCUGUGCAAAUAUA